AUGAGUUCAAAAGUACACUCAGUUGAUGUGAAAAAAGAUGCUUUCUCAAAUGCUAUUCCUGAGAUUGAAAUUCUGAAGAGAAGAAAGAAAGAAGAGAUAGAGAAACAACAAGUUCUUGAAAUACAGAAACUUGAAAAAAAGAAAACAUAUGCUCAAGCAGCUGAAUCUGCUGCCUCUAAAUCUGCUGUCUCUAAAUCUGCUGUCUCAAAACCUGCUCAAAAUCCUGAGAAAACUGAGAAGAAUACUGCUCAUGCCUCUAUUCAUAGAAAAGUGGAAAAGAAAAUGUAA